AUGAAGAAAGGAGCGAAUAGUACUAAACAAGAAAUAGAUAAUAAAGAGGAACAGGUAAUCAAUAAAAUGAGUGGUGAAGUAGAAAUAGAUGAAAUUGAAAGAAAGAAUGUAAAAGUUAGUUCGGUAAAUAAUGAUGAAAGAGAUGAUAAGAAAUCUGAAGACUUACCUGAACAGAAUUAUGAAGCAAACGAUUCUGAAAAUUGCCAUAGAAAUGGAAUAAGUAAUUCUAGAUUUGGUGAAAAAUGUGAAACGACUAUUAAAGUGAGGAAUAUGUCUAUGGAUCAAUUGAAUCAGGUAUACAUGUUGAUUAGAAUAUUAAAAGCUGUGGACUAUGUAGAAGGUUUCAUAAGGAUAAGUGAAGACACCAAAGCUAGAAUGUUAAGACCCUGA